GCAAAGAUUACGGCACCAUCAUCAUCAAGCGACGAGCGCGUGGGACGUGACGUCAAACAUGCGACCAGUAUUUAAUGCCAGCCGAUUCAUAUGAGAUUCACGGACGCAAACAAGCUACUAUCGGGUGAAUUAACGACAUGUUCCAUGACAGCUCACAAAAAAAAUAUUGGACGUUUAACAGCGAAGACGAGGUGGAACAGCUGAGAUGUGAAGCCAACCAGAAGUACAGGAAGAAGCACAUGAAAAGUGAGUCUAUGUUACUGGACCGUCAUGAAGAAGAUGUUCUCUUCAGACACUAUGAGAGGAGGCUGCUGGACUUUUGCAGUGUGUUCAAACCCGCAAUGCCCAAAUCUGUUAUUGGUACAGCCAUCAUGUACUUCAGAAGAUUCUACAUGAACAACUCUCUUAUGGAGUACCACCCAAGGAUUAUCAUGCUGACAUGUGCAUACCUGGCCUGCAAGGUGGACGAGUUUAACGUCUCCAGCGGGCAGUUUGUGGGCAACCUUGUGCAGCAGAGUCCGGCGGAACAGGAACAGGAUGCAGAGCAGAUCCUGGAGUACGAGCUGCUGCUUGUUCAGCAACUCAACUUCCACUUGGUGGUACACAACCCCUACAGACCACUGGAGGGGCUGCUUAUUGACCUCAAGACCCGAUAUCCAACACUGGAGAACCCAGAGUCAUUGAGGAAGAAUGCCGAUGACUUUCUGGCAUAUGCGGCCAUGACAGAUGCGGGGCUGCUCUUUUCCCCUUCACAGAUCGCGCUAAGUGCUAUUCUGAGCAGCACCUCAAGAGCUGGCCUCAACGUAGAGAGCUACCUGACUGAAUGCUUGGGACUGAAGAGGGACCAAGAAACCCUGUCCAAGAUGUUCGACUCCAUGAGACGGAUUAAAAGUCUUCUGAAGAGAUACGAACUCCCAAAACCUGAGGAGGUGAAUGCCUUCAAGCAGAAGCUAGCGAGGAUCCACGUCGAUUUUGGUUCUAGUUCAAACAACAAACGCAAGCGGGGGUAUGAAGAGGAAGGCCACGUGGCAAAAGAGCCGCGAAUAAAAGAAGAGGAGUGGAGUGACGAAGACCUCAUGUAACCAUUAUUUCUUAUAGUGACAAAAUGCAUUCACUAUCACUGGUUUGCUUUCAUUGUGUGUUAAAAAUAAAAUGUAUUUUUCUACAAA